AUGAAUGUUGCCAACACAACAGGCUGUGCUAAUAUAAAAUUAAAUUGCCUCAAAAAUUAUAUUUGCAGAUCUCGCCUUGCAGAUUUCUUCACGAACUGCCAGCCUGAGUCACGGUCUGUUAGUAGCUGUCUGAAGGAGAACUAUGCUGACUGCCUCCUUGCUUACUCGGGGCUUAUUGGCACAGUGAUGACACCAAACUACAUAGACUCAAAUAGUCUCAGCGUUGCCCCAUGGUGCGACUGCAACAACAGUGGUAAUGACAUAGAUGAAUGCCUGAAAUUCCUGAAUUUCUUCCAGGACAAUACAUGCCUUAAAAAUGCAAUUCAGGCCUUUGGCAAUGGUACUGAUGUGAAUGUGUGGCAGCCAAUCCUACCAGUACAGACCACUACAGCCACAACUACAACAGCUUCCAGACUUAAAAACACAGGUUCAGAGACCACCAACAAUGAAAUACCCACCCACAACGAUUCACCAGCAUGUGCAAACCUGCAGACACAGAAGAAGCGGAAAUCCAAUGAAUCUGUAGAUACAGAGCUCUGUCUUAAUGAGAAUGCUAUCGGGAAAGACAACACAGCAGGAGUCUCCACCAGUCACAUAUCGUCGGAGAAUUCGCUCGCUCCUCCUGCAAGCUUCUAUCUAAGCACACAGCUCACUCUGAUGACACUUGCACUCUCACUCUGUUUGUUCCUAAGCUCAUCAGUCAUCUUGUAGCUGUGUUACAAAAAGGACAUGUAAAAAAAUUAUCUGUUUCCUGUCCUCUGUUGUUUCUCUGGAAUUCCAGGUCUGGGAGCUAAGCUGAGGCACUCCUGCUAGAACAGUUGCAGUCAGCUGGAAUUUUCUUUCUUUCUCUCUUAAAAAAGCUUCUUGUGAUAUUUAGAGGCUUUGUGAAAUACUUGGUGCAGUGCUACAUUCCAAACCCAAAAAGGCUUUUGGGCAUGCAGUGUUUUAAAAGAGACAGUGUGUAAAUUUGCCUGUAAAGCGACCUGGUUGGAUUAUUUUAAUAAUAAUUAUUUUAAUUCUGGCUUUUACCUGAGAAGGAGGAUGGCAGUUUUCUUAAGAUCCUCAGAUAUAGCUCAUUGAAUGGUUUUGGUUUUCAAAUUGGUUGAACUUCAGACUAUCAAGAAUGCGAGGCUUUUGUCUAAUGGUGAAUGUUCUCCCAGAGAGUGGACUUUAUGAAACUUCCUCAUUUGAUAAAUUGCUACUGAUGUUAAACUCUUUCAGUGUGUUAGCAUUUUCCUCUUUAAAUGUUUACGUACUGUAAGUAAUUCUGCGUUCCCUGCUGAGAAGCCAUUAUAAUUCACACACAGGUAUAAUGUAUGUCUUUCAGUUAAAUUCUCAUAGAGUGUGGCAUAGAACUUUCUAACAGUACAUUUAUCUUUUAAUUGUAAUCAUCUAGCCUUAACAAGGGUGAAGAUUCUUUAAAUUAACAAGAAGCAGCCAUUGUGAAAGCUUGAUAAAGUUAUGUUUCUUUAAAUUUGAGGACAAGUGGUAGAAACAAAGUUUGCUACAGGGUUUCAGCUGUACAGUCUAUGGUCUUCUAUGCUUCCAUUGUGAUAAUAUAGUCCAGUUAUUAUACUGUUUGUUUAAUAAAAAAAAAUGACAUACAAUUUAUUUGCUCCAC